AUGGCAGCCUUUAAUCAAGCUCCAACUUUCAUGCGUUCAAAGGCAUCCUCUACUUCUCCCUUCCCUUCGUCUUCCCAUAAAUAUAUCACAAAGGCUGCUAUCAAUUUUCCAAAGAUUAAAACCAAUAACAUAAGCAUCCGCCCUCCAAAGAUUCCAUCAAACAUAGCUCUGGUCGAAGAAACGGAUAUAUUUUCAAGAUUCAUACCCAAGAACCCCACCUCAAGCCCUAGAAAUGUUUCUGGUGAUCCUCAAGUUAUAGAGAAGCUUUACCUGAUAAUGGAAGCUGUUUCUGAUCGGGUGGAGAUGCAUAAGAACAUUGGAGAGCAAAGGAACAACUGGAACAGCCUGUUGCUAACAUCGAUCAACACCAUUACUCUUUCGGCUGCAACCAUGGCUGGGUUGUUGGUUAUCAUGAACAAGAUCCAACCUUCCCAACUGGCUGAAGAACAAAGAAAUGCUGCAAGAUUGUUGAAGCAACUUGAAAGCGAAAUCCAGACAAAAAUUGCCAUAGGUAAUCCUACACUCCGUGAUGUGAAUGAAGCGAUGAAGAAGGUUUUGGCUAUAGAUAGAGCAUACCCUCUUCCUUUACUUGGCGCCAUGCUUGAAAAAUUUCCAGCUAAAACUGAACCAGCGGUUUGGUGGCCAGAAAAGAGGAGGUCUUCUGCUAAAGGGAAAAACGAUAAAAAUGGUUGGAGUGUUGAGUUAGAAGAGGAGAUGAGAGAGAUCAUUAAAGUUUUGGAAGUAAAAGAUAAAGAGGACUACUUGAGGUUAGGCGAUAAGGCCUUGAAACUCAACAAAGCUUUAGCCAUAGCUGGUCCACUACUAACAGGCUUAGGAGCCAUUGGUUCGACCUUUCUUUCAUACUCUCCUCAUAAUUCUUGGGCUGUGGUGCUCGGAAUCAUGGGAGGUGCAAUGGCAAGUGUUGUGAACACCGUGGAACAUGGUGGGCAGGUAGGCAUGGUGUUUGAAAUGUAUCGAAGCAAUGCAGGUUUCUUCAAGAUGAUGGAGGAAUCAAUCGAUUCAAACUUGAAGGAAAGAGAUGAGGAAAGAAGAGAGAAUGGUGAAGCGUUUGAGAUAAAGGUGGCACUUCAGCUUGGAAGAAGUUUAUCUGAGCUUAGAGAUGUUGCAGCUUCAUCUUCAAAGAAAGGGAAAGACAUUGAAGAGUUUGGAAGCAAGCUUUUCUAA